CAAAGCACUCGAGCAACUCUUGAAGCUCUCCGAGAGCAUAACCCUGCAAGAUUGUAUCAUCAAUCAAUUACGUUUCUACGCGUUCAAGACAGAAAAAGAAGGAUUCGGGGGAAUUGUUUUCUUGACUCGAUCGUUUUAUUUUUGGGGAGGUGUUGGGAUCCAUACGUUGCAGCGCAAACUAGCUAUUGGAAGUUUUUUCGGCACAGAAACCAGCGACACGAAGAAGAGGAGGGAUUGAAACGCAGAGCGCCAUUCGCAAGUCCUCGACACCAAGUGUGUCGAACGCGAAUCUUUUCCAUAUCCCAGGGAAGGGGAUUGAAAAAUAGCAGACGACAAGCUACUAUGCAACGUUGCGCGCGCUUGAUACCCGCUCGCCAAGCGACCGUCACAAUCACAAAUGGACGCAAGAGUAGAGGCAUAAGAGGCGCAACGUGGACACGAGGGAAUGCGACGAGCGCGAGCAGCGGGAGAAAGGUAGGGAAGGAAGACGUGGAGAAGCUACCUUUGGCUGGAGUGAGGGUGCUGGAUAUGACGAGGGUGCUUGCAGGGCCUUACUGCACGCAGAUCUUAGCGGAUCUAGGGGCCGAAGUCAUCAAAGUCGAGCACCCGACCAGAGGCGACGACACAAGAUCCUGGGGUCCACCAGACGCGCCGUAUCGAGACGGCGUUGAGCGCAGCUUCCCGGGCGAAAGCGCGUACUACCUUUCUGUGAACCGGAACAAAAAAUCCAUCGGCCUCUCCUUCAACAAUCCCGCGGGGAUAUCGAUCCUGCACAAGCUGGCUCAGAAAUCGGACAUUGUGGUUGAAAACUACCUCCCGGGCUCCCUGAAGAAGUACUCGCUAGACUACGACACGCUCUCGGCGCUCAACCCUUCGCUCAUCUACGCUUCGGUAACAGGCUACGGACAGACGGGACCAUACAGCGACCGCGCUGGCUACGACGUCAUGGUCGAAGCGGAGAUGGGACUCAUGCACAUCACGGGGGAGCGGGACGGCCCGCCGGUGAAGGUGGGCGUCGCUGUGACGGAUCUGUCGACGGGGCUGUACACGGCGAUUGGGGUGCUUGCGGCGUUGUAUGCUCGGCGGGAGACGGGGCUGGGGCAGUGGGUUGAUGCCAGUCUGAGCGACUGCCAGGUUGCGGGGCUUGCGAAUAUUGCGAGUUCGGGGUUGAUUUCGGGGAAGAAGGAUAGUGGGAGGUGGGGGACUGCUCACGCUUCGGUGGUUCCGUAUCGCGCAUACAAGACUCGAGAUACGAACAUCGCCGUCGGUGGAUGCAACGACAAGCUAUACGGCAUCUUAUGCGACAAGAUCGGCAAGCCCGAAUGGAAGACGGAUGCACGCUUCGUGACCAACGCGCUACGAGUGAAGAACAGAGACACGCUCGACCGCAUCAUCGAAGACGAGCUCAAGACCAAGACUACAAAGGAGUGGCUGGAGGUGUUUGAAGGAAGCGGGAUGCCGUAUGCGGCUGUCAACGACAUCCAGGGGACUUUGAACCACGAACACGUACUUGCCCGCAACAUGAUCGAGAAGGUCAACCACCCCGUCUGCGGCCCGAUCAAGCUCGUCAACCACCCCGUCAAAUACUCGCGCGCGGAGCCAAAGAUCCGCACGCCGCCGCCUAUGCUGGGCCAGCACACCGACGAAGUGCUACGAGAGUUGCUAGACUACAGCGAAGACGAAGUGGCGCAAUUCAGGGAGGGAAAGACGAUUGCUUGAAAGUAGUCUCGUCAGGCGACACGCCCAUGUUAGCCCCAAAGGACCAUGCUACUAUAUGCUCCUGUCCAACUUUGGUCGAUUUUUUCUCUUUAUUGUGGCUUGUUCGCCGUUUUAUUAGAUCUGAUAAGAUCUAGACAAAGGCAUUGUUUCGAGAAGAAUUACAGCAUAGAUUGUCUGCGGCAUUAAUAGCUGUGCGAGGUAAAAAACUUCAAAAAAAAAAAAAAAAACAUAGACAUGCAAUAGCAAUCUUUGAAAUAUACAUGUCGCUUAUAUAUAAAUUUUUUCUUUUAAGACGAUUAUUUUCCUUUUUUUUCUCUCGCUUUCCCGCAUCUGUCACGCAUCCUGGAAUCAAUAUUCCGUGUUGGAUUUAGCCAUAGUUAGGUCAUCUUGCAUCUUCACACCGCAAAUUUUUCAACUCUACAUAAUUAAUUUUAACUUUUCCCGCUUUUCCUUAUAAUAUUACGUCUCUUCAAUCUAACUCUCUGUGCUAGAAGUACAAUUGAAAAACAAGAAACGUACUACUCUCCCUGUAUAAAUUAUACUUCAGUCUAUUUCUAUUAAUCUAUCUAUCUAAACACCUCUCUAUCUCUUUCUCUCUCUCUUGUACCCCCCUUCCCUCCUUUUCUAUAUUCCCUUAACAUUUAACCUUUAAUCCCCUUAAACCUAACUCCUACAUUCUUAUUUAAAAAAAAGUCCCUCCUACCCUCACGUUAACACCAAAAAAAAAAACACCUAUUAAUCUCUCUAAACCCCUCCCCUCCCCUUUCCCCCAUAAAAUAUAUAUAAAUAAUGCUAAACAAUAACAAACAAAACCCUUCUAUCUCUCUCUACAUACACUAUCAUCGUUGUUGUCCUUGUUGUCAUUGUUAUUUUCCCUUUCUCCAACCAACCCCACAACGAAACUCUGCGUCCUAACAUCCCUGCAUCUAUCCUACAAACGCUAGCCCCACAUACUUGGUUACUUACUUAGCACAACAGCAUAAAACCCCACACCACACCCUACAGUCCCUCCACAUUGACACCUUGCGCCCCCUUUCGCCAAGGGUUUCUUUAUGCAGCUGCGAGGAGAUGGAAAUGGAAUAUGCGUGUGUGUGUGUGGCUUAAAGCGGGACCCUAGUGACCUUGGGAUCUUCCCUCCCCGCUUUUUUGUUCUCUUUU